UAAUUUUCAGUUAAAAAAUUUAUUUUAGUGACUCCAAAAAUGAAGGGAUCAUCAGUCAUAUCAAUGCUAAUUGUGUUUGCCAUUGUUCAGCUAAUGGUGACACAAGGAGAAGGUCUGGACUGUGGCCAAGUGAACUCUUCCUUGGCGACUUGUAUUCCGUUCUUGACCGGAUCGGAAGCUUCUCCGUCUGCGUCGUGCUGUGGCGGAAUCAAGAAUUUGAAGAAACUCGCACCCACCACCGCAGACAGGAGAGCUGCGUGCGAAUGUAUUAAGACCGCCGCUUCUCAUUACCCUACCAUUAAGGACGAUGCAGCUUCAUCUCUGCCUAAGAAGUGUGGUGUUGAUAUUAAUAUCCCCAUUUCUAAGUCUACCAACUGCCAGGCCAUUAACUAAUUCAAGAUGAUCAUUAUAAAAAGUCUUCAAGCGGCGUUGGACUUGGAUGAAUAUUAGUUCUUCAGGAUGAUCCUUUUGUUAUGUACUUGAAUGAAAUUCAAUAAAGAUUGUUUUCUCA